GAAGAGAACAUCUGGAAGCUGUGCAAAGAGAUAUCGGAAACGAACGAGGACGAGUUAAUCCGUUGUUAUGCAGUCUUCAUCUAUAACGACGACCAUGGGGUUAUGCUAUGGGAGCAACGUGGGCACGCUGAAAAUCAGCAUUUUGUUAUAUGGGAUUACCAUGUCGUUUUGCUGUACGCAGGCGUUAAGAAAACGCUUAUUUGCGACUUCGAUACGCUGUUGAACUUCCCAUGCGAUGCAUCUCUGUAUAUCGAGAGGACUUUACGUCCCUACUUACAUGUGGAUACUCCGUAUCGCAGGUUUUUCCGAGUUGUCAAUGCUGCCGGUUAUCUGCAGCAAUUCUCAUCCGAUCGACGACAUAUGCUGGAUUUUGAUGGGAAUCCCAAAGAACAGGCGCCAUCGUGGCCGAUAAUUUACAAUCCUGGUAUGCGUAAUUUUGUUAUCGCAUGCCGUUUGUUACCGUAUAAUGUGCUUUCUCCAGAUUAUGGCCACAAUCUAGCCGAUUUCAUCGUGGUGGACAACGAUUUUUUUACUGAAAUCAGCGAAAUCUAUGAUCAGGAUACGUUCAUUAAGUUCGUCACUGAAGUACUGAAGCCUCGCUGA